AAGCGCCCCUUGUUUAGGUGGGCGUUGAGUUGGAUGCGUGAACAUGGAAAGCAAAGGACUGAGGUAUGCAGCUGUAGCAGUGUGUAAAUUUAACUGGGAACACUGCCUGGAGAGCAGAAUAAUGACUAGACUAGGCUACACCCGAAAUCAGAUCACCAAUUUCUUCAAAAUAGUUGAAGAAAGAAGUAACUAAGGUACUAAAAUCGGGAGGAAGUCGAUCCAAAUGUUUUGUCCACAAACUUUUCAGAACUUUUCCUAUCGUUAAGAAAGAAAAACUGCGCUGCACAAAAGGUCUAUUGAUUACAGGACAAGGACCCCUCCCCCCAUGCUCCAGCGUCACUUCCAGUUUCCCCUGAAGAAGAACUCAGCACCUCAGCGUGACAUAAGGGAUGAAUGAGAACCGCUCCCCUGCCACUCUACUGAGAAGGUGCCGCAUCGCCAUGACAGAGACGGACACGCCUCCCUCGGCUGCAAACAAGACUGCCCUGUUCUCGGGCUCAGGGGAGGGAGGAGGAAGUGGCGAGGGACAGCCUGAUGCCGAUGGUACCUGUCCUGAUCUGUCGGCACUGGCCGACCUGUUUGAGAGUGAGGAGGGCUCCCAGUCACCUCAGGACCCGGCUCCGGACGUCGACCGGCCAGGCCAGCUGCAGCCAGGGGACGGCCGACAAAACCUCCGCAUGAAGUUCCACGGUGCCUUUAAGAAGGGCAUCUCUAACCCCAUGGACCUGCUGGAGUCGACCAUCUACGAGUCACCCGUGGCGCCCGGCCCCAAGAAAGCCCCCAUGGACUCUCUCUUUGACUAUGGUACCUACAGGCACACCAACAACAAGAAGCCACGCAGGAAGAAGCUCCCGCGAGGUAAGACUGAGACGUCCUGCAAUGAAAGUCUGGACCCUCCGGGCUUGGACCCACCCAAGGUGUUGAAGGUGUUUAACCGCGUGCUGCUCUUCGAUGGCGUGUCACGGGCCGACCCAGAGGCCCUCUCCGGCCUGCUGGAGUACCUACAGAGUCACGAAAAGAGGCUCACCGACGAGGAGUUCAAAGAACCUUCUACAGGGAAGACAUGCCUGCCUAAAGCCCUUCUGAACCUGUACAGUGGUCAGAAUGACACCAUUCCUAUGCUGAUGGACAUCGCAGAGCAGACAGUCAACCUCCAUGAGUUCAUCAACACGCCCUUCAGAGACGUCUACUACAGAGGGCAGACGGCGCUCCACAUCGCCAUUGAGAGGCGCUGUAAGCAGUACGUGGAGCUGCUGGUGGAGAAAGGGGCAGAUGUUCACGCCCAGGCCCGCGGACGCUUCUUUCAACCCAGGGACGAGGGGGGCUACUUCUACUUUGGCGAGCUGCCUCUGUCGCUGGCAGCGUGCACCAACCAGCCGAACAUGGUGCACUACUUGACCGAGAACGCCCAUAAGAAGGCUGACCUUCGACGGCAGGACUCGCGCGGCAACACAGUGCUACACGGCCUGGUGCACAUCGCCGACAACACCCGGGACAACACCCGUUUCCUCACCAAGAUGUACGACCUGCUGCUGACCAAGUGUGCCAAACUCUACCCAGAAUGCAGCCUGGAGGACAUUCUCAACAACGAUGGCAUGUCGCCCCUUAUGAUGGCAGCGAAGCUGGGAAAAAUUGGGGUUUUCCAGCACAUCAUUCGCAGGGAGAUCAAGGACGAGGAAGCGCGUCACCUCUCACGGAAGUUCAAGGACUGGGCGUACGGCCCCGUGUACUCCUCCCUGUACGACCUCUCCUCGCUGGACACCUGUGGAGAGGAGGUGUCCGUGCUGGAGAUCCUGGUCUACAACAGCCGCAUCGAGAAUCGCCAUGAGAUGCUGGCUGUGGAGCCCAUCAACGAGCUGUUGAGGGCCAAGUGGCAGAAGUUUGCUGCCGUCACCUUUUACAUCAGCGUUGUCUCCUACCUGGUGACCAUGAUCAUCUUCACCCUGGUGGCCUACUACCGCCCAUCCCAGGGAACGCCUCCGUACCCUUACACCAACUCCACAGACUAUCUGCGUCUGGGAGGGGAGGUUAUCACCUUGGGCUCCGGAGUCUUCUUCUUUCUCACCAACAUUAAGGACCUCUUCCUGAAGAAAUGCCCCGGGGUGAACUCCCUAUUUGUCGACGGCUCCUUUCAACUGCUCUACUUCAUCUACUCUUUGCUGGUGAUAGUGACUGCGGCCCUCUACCUGUCGGGUAUCGAGGCCUAUGUGUCUGUGAUGGUGUUUGCGCUGGUCCUGGGCUGGAUGAACACUUUAUACUUCACUAGAGGCCUGAAGCUCACCGGCACCUACAGCAUCAUGAUACAGAAGAUUCUCUUCAAAGACCUGUUCCGGUUUCUGCUCGUCUACGUGCUCUUCAUGAUUGGAUACUCGUCAGCUCUGGUGUCCCUCCUGGCGGUGUGCCCCGGGCCUGACGAGGUGUGUCCGGAGGAAGGCGGCUGCCCCACCUACCCCCAGUGCCGGGACACGGACACCUUCAGCAACUUCCUGCUGGACCUGUUCAAGCUGACCAUCGGAAUGGGUGAUCUGGACAUGGUCAGCAGCGCCCAGUACCCAGCUGUCUUCCUCAUCCUGCUGGUCACCUACAUCAUCCUCACCUUCGUGCUGCUGCUCAACAUGUUGAUCGCUCUGAUGGGAGAGACAGUGAGCCAGGUGUCCAAGGAGAGCAAGAAGAUCUGGAAGCUGCAGUGGGCUACGACAAUCCUGGACAUCGAGCGCUCCUUCCCUGUGUGUCUGCGGAAGUCCUUCCGGUCCGGGGAGAUGGUGACAGUGGGGAAGAACUGGGACGGUACCCCUGACCGCCGCUGGUGCUUCAGGGUGGACGAGGUCAACUGGUGCCACUGGAAUCAGAACCUGGCCAUAAUCAACGAAGACCCGGGCAAGAACAUAACAGAGACCCAGCAAUGCCCUGGUACAGUGCAUCAAACCGUCCGUGGCCUGAGGAGAGAUCGCUGGUCCACGGUGGUGCCACGGGUUGUGGAGCAGAAUAAAGGGCCACGACCACGAGACCUAGUACUGGAGAUGGAGCCACUGACCCCCAGACACUGACCCUGUGCAGAGGGCUAGAGCCCAGCUCUGGGGGCCUCCAGGAGCCCGGGUCCUUAAGAACACCCUGCAGAUCGGAGGUACUCAGACUGACAAAGAAGAGUUGGGCCAUAAAGUUUGCCACUUUGCACAAAACUCUGUCGGCAUGAGAUUAGAACCAAAGAUCUGUACAAAGUAUUAACAGACGAUAGAAAGGAUUUAGAAAAUAUAGGAAUGUAGUGUUUGGUCAAAGGAAACCAUCCAUUUGUUUAUCAAAUGCUUUUUUUAUUCAACUAGUUGUGAAUGGUGGUCAUACCUCCUGAUUUAUAAGUAUCCUCUACCUUGGCGGUUUUAACCCGGGAGGAAGGACCCUCGGGAAGCUGUUACCUGACAGAAUGCCCCGGCUUCAACUUUCAACAUAUCCAAAUGUGUGUUUUCAAGAGUCGAUCAUAGAUGAGACGUAUGUCGAGGUGAUCUAUUGGGAGACUGCUGAUGAACGCAUAUUGUACCUCCUGUAUUUAGGAAAACUUGCUCAGGGAGUUCAAGGAGGCCAAAAUAUUUAUUAUAUUCAUACGCGUAUCCUUGUUGUUUUUAGCAUCUGGAAAAAGAACUGAGAGGAACUGAUUCAAGUUCAAACAAACCAUUUUGGGAUGGGAUGUUCAAGCACAAUAUGUACUGUAUGUAUGUAGCUAUACACUAAAUGACAAAAAACUAAAGCUAGCUUUAUAUGGCCCACCGUUUUUCAUUUCCAUCAGUUUAGUCCUGUUGAUUGUCCGACACACAGGGUCCUAAUUUUAUUAUUCAUGCUUGGAUAGGAUUUCUUUGAUCAUAACAAACAAACACUGAAUUGAUUUGUUGAGAGGAAGAUAUAUUCUCCCUAACAGUAUUUAUGUGGAUUUUUUAAGCUUUGGGUGUUAUACCAACAUGAAAAUAGGCCUUCAAUUAAAACCGAAACAUUUGCUACUGAUCCAACAUCACCCAGAGAAUGGUUUUGAAGAUGUAAGCUGUUUUUCCAUCAUGUUUUGUUGAGGCCUUUUGAUUCAUAAUGGACAUUAGCUUCCUAUGUGUUUCAAAAUGUUUUUAUUUUAUUUGAUACAAUUCCUAAUAAAUUUUGCGACAACGUUAA